GAAGAGAGUUCGGCUUUCGGCGCUUUGCACGAAACGGGCGAUUUGCGCGGUUCGCAAUUGCUUCUUUGUAGUCUUUCCUCCGACUUCUCCAUGCUGCCCGCUGACUGUGCCCAGAGGCUGGUUUCCCUUUUCACCCAAGCCUUGGAAGAUUGCACAGAGCAGAGGACAAAACUCCAGCAGAAAAUUCAACAGUGCCGUGCGGUUCUUGGGGAAUGGAGCUCUGAGAGAGAAAGCCCUGUUCCUGAAGAUGCCAAAACUGAGAAACAUGAAGCAACAGAGCCUUCAGCUGAGGAGCUCAAGGACCUGGAACUGCUUAACAAAGCCUUGGAGAAAGCAUUAAGACUCCGGUCAAAAUUCCACCAAGUGCCAUGUGAGACCAUUAAAGUCUCGGAAACUUCAAGUAAGAAGCCGGCGAGCCAGUCUGCUUUGGGACAACCUGCACGUAAUCUUAAAGGCAAGGUCCCCAAGACCACCGAGAUGUCUCCUGUGAGUAGAAAGCCGGUGGCGUCCAAAAAACCCACAGCCUACAUGUUGAAGGCUCCCUACAAAACUGAUGCGGUGGUGAAAAGGCCACCAGUGAAAAUACCAGCUGGACGGAGCAAAACGGCUGGGAAAAAGUUGGGGUCCUCAGUAGGGGUCGCCUCUCCAAAGUGGAAACCGUGCGCAAAGACAGCCAAGGACCCUGACGGAAAGGUCCGUGUCGCUGCCGAACCCGGCUUGCCGUUGGGCUGCUCCAAAGGUCCCUGCCACACGACGACACCCCCUCGGUUCGCCGGUGGAGGGGACUGUGAAGGAACAGGCCUUCAAGCCCCUGAUCUGGUAGAUCCUGAUCUGGAGGCUUUAGGUGGGCCGUAUGCUUUAAGAACCAACCCACCGAGAAAAGGAGCAAAGCCUCCAACUUCCACUCUUCAACAAAUCGGAUCUUCGCUGAAACUGCCCCUUCCGUAUCAGAAAGCUUUUUCCAAGUAUGUCAGGUUGUUGGAAAAGUGCCAGGAUUUGAAAACAGACCCCGAGGCAGCUGUCGCCAAGAGCCAAUUUUUAGAGAAGCUGCAAGCAACUGCACUUGGAGAAAACCCAACCUGGGACAGAGAGUACGAAAGCCUUGUGACUGUGCAGGCCUUACAAGAGGUAGUAGAGCAGCAUCUUGGCAAACUGGACCAGAUGCGAGAAGCCCUGGUGUCUCAUGCAGAGUUUGCCUCGCUCUGCACGAACGACAAGGACGACACUGACCACGAUUCUUUGGGCUUCUGUCAUGCUCCCCUUGGAGGGCGAACCUGCUCGGAUCCAGAUUCCCUGGGGCCUCCACGACUUCUCUUUUACUCCAGCUUGGAUGAGCUGAAAGAGAUGGAGGCUUUAAAAUGGCAGGUGGCGAUGCUGGACCAGAAACUUCAGAUCCAGGCGGCUAUGGAAACGGAACUCCUUCCCCUUCUAGAACCGGGCCGCCUUCCAGAAAGUUCUAGACCUUCGGCGAUCCGUGCUGUGUAUUCCUUGAUGUGCGAAAGCGAAGAGCACGUUCCUGUUCUGGUGAAGGACGAAGAAGUGUCCUGCUGAAGUGAAAAGGGACGACCAGCAGCCAUACCUAGGAAGCUGUUCACUUUUGGCCUCCGUCCUUAAAUUGUCCACCCUUUCAUGACAGGUGAAGGCUAGAGGCAGGCCUUCACCUGCGUGCACUCGUC